AUGUCUGAAGGCGAGCAGGCCGCUGCUCCAGUCGAGCAUCUCAACAUCAAGGUCACGGACAACAACAACGAAGUGUUCUUUAAAAUCAAGCGGUCGACUCCAUUGAAGAAGUUGAUGGACGCUUUCUGUGAUCGCCAAGGAAAGCAGAUAGCGACUGUGCGGUUCCUGUUCGACGGCACCCGUGUGCGUCCCGACGACACUCCUGAUGGCCUUGACAUGGCCGAUGGUGACACCCUAGAGGUGCAUCAGGAGCAGAUUGGAGGCUGUUAA